AUAAUCACCAUUCAUAUAUAUAAGUGCAGACGAGUGGCCUUCUAAGCAGCAGUGUCCGCAGCAGCAAGAUGUUUAAGAAAGAGGCGCUGGUUGUUGCCUGCAUGUUGGCCGUCCAGGUUUCAUCGCAGCCUCUGGUUGCAGGUAAACCAUUCACUUUGGUGAAAAGAGAAAUAGGAUUCCCCAUGGCGGAAUUCCUCGAUCUGCAGAAAAGAGGUGCGGGAAUGCCACGUCCAGAUUCCGAUUCCAGGCUCAUGAAGCGACACGAAGAGGUGCCCCACUUGGAACGCCUCCUCCUUCUGAAAAGGCGUACGCCACGUCUAGAGACCGAUUCCGGCAUCAUGAGGAGACACAGUGGGCCCCCCUCCGUAGGCAUGAUACCAAAAAGGUCCAUGUGGAUGGAUAUCCACGGUCUGGAGACUAGGGAUGCAAGCACGCCAAGUCCACAGCCCGAAUUCGGUGUCAUGCAGGGACAAGCAGGACCAUCCGAGAUGGAUGCCUCCGUGAUGCCAGGCACUGAGCCCCCGUCUCAUAGUUAGGACGAAGACGAGCAGAAAAAAGGCUGAGGAGUUUUUUUGUAUCCAUUAUCACAUAGUUUUAGAAGAUUCUUAGUUUUCUAAAAAUUAAUUUGAAAGGAACUAUACAAAUUUAUGAAGUUGUAAUAAAAAUAUAUGCCCAGAUAA